AUGAAACAUAGAUUACAUAAACAGACUGGAGUCUUCAGGACAGUUUCUAGGACUUCUCGUGAGAGAGAAAAGAAGCUAUUAUCUUUCUCCCCCCCCCCCCCCCCCCCCCCGCUCUGCUUCGUGUCUUGCAGGGCAAAAGAAGAGAUCAAGUCAAAAUUGGGAGUUCUGCUGCAAAAGCCCGAAAAUGCCAUUGACCUCAUCAUCCCCUAUCCGGAGAAAACCGAGAAGAAGCCGGAGAAGCUGCAGAAGCCUUCACCUGAAGAAGCUGCUCAGUGGCGUGAGGGUCUUGACCAAGUCCUGAACAACAACUAUGGUCUCGCUACCUUCCGUAGCUUUCUGCGAUCUGAGUUCAGCGAUGAGAACAUCGAGUUCUGGAUGGCCUGUGAGGACUUCAAGAAGACAAAGAACCCAGUGAAAAUGGCGGCCAAGGCCAAAAUGAUCUAUGAAGACUACAUCCAGUUUGAGGGACCCAAAGAGGUAAACAUUGACCACUUCACCAAGGAUGUGACUUUGAGGAAUUUGGUCGAUCUCUCUCCGGAAACCUUCGACCUGGCCCAAAAGAGGAUCUACUCCCUGAUGGAAAAAGACUCCUUUGGGCGCUUUUUAAAAUCCGAGCAGUACCAGGAGCUCUUGGUAAACUAAACCUGAGCAGGAAACUGAGCAGCUGGGUCGGGAGUUAAGGUUCUGGUAAACCCCAAAUUACAUUAAUUUGACAAUGAUAAAACAACUUCAGCUGAAAUUGCACACUUUCCAAUCAUUUAGCUGUAACAUGCUGAAACUUAAUCCAAAUUCUACAGAAAAGACACUAUGCAGACGCUCCCCUACUUCCGUGGUACCGAAUGUGUUCAGAGAGAAAAGCUAAGUCAAGGUCCCAGUAACUUUUGUGCAUUCUGUUUAUGCUUCAACUGCUACUGUUUAUGUUCGCUGCUGAGAAAGACAAAAUAAAGCUUAGUCUGGGUUGCAGCAAAACGUCGACUCACUUAAGGCGGAAGUCAUAUUACACAGCAGCAGUCUGUUUAUACUGGAUGUCCGAUGUCUGUGAGCAGAGGCGUGUCUGUAUUGGAAAUAGGCCAUCCACCUCUCCACACAACAUAUUCCCAAUCGUCAUAAAAAAUAAUAAGCAAGCUGCUCAGACUGAAUUUGAUUAUUCACCAAAUUUUGUCCCGUGUGCUACCUAACAACUUUGGUUGAGUAAUAAUUUAGACAAGGCUCAUGUCAAAGGUUCACGUCGAAGACGUCUGACGACCUUGGUCUGUUCAAGAGUGUCUAAGGAAGGAUAAAUUCACUUAUUCAAACAUGAAUACCAAUGAUAGCAAGACAAAAUUACAUUAAAAAAUAAAUUUUGCAAUUUAUUAAAGGGAAAUGUGACCACAGAAACACUCACUUAUGCACAGAGAUACUGUAUUUAGAGGUCUUUACUUGCUUCAAGAAAACAUAUAUAUCAACUUUCAUACGCUACGUGUGUUGUAUAUAGCAUAGUGACUAACAGAAAUAAACUGUACGGACAAAAGUCUUGGGACAAUAUUUUACUUAAGUGCGGGCUAGUUCCAACUGGAUCGAGUAUUUAUCUCAUCAAAUACACUUUUUACACUGAGGGUCACCUUUUUUUUUUUACAAUAUGCCAAUGAAAAACUUACAUAUUUAGGCUGCCUUCAUAAUUCUAUGAUUGGGACUGAGAAAUGUUGGGUACAGCCCUUUUUUGAGCUUCCAUUAUCUUUCGGUGUGCAAUGUAAUUAGGGCGUUUUGGGGCGAGAUUGGUGUGGAAGAACACACCACCAUAAAACACAGAUUUGGCCACAUGAAUAUAUUUUGGAAUGGACACACAUUCUCACAAAUUCCACAAUUCUUGUAGAACGUUUUUCCCCGUGGAUAGAAGCUGUUUUAGCUGCAAAGGGGCGGUUAAAAUGAGUAAUUUUCUUUUUUGUUUGCGUGCAAGCAUGGUGUCCCGAUACUUUUGUCCUUAUCUUAUUUUAACAUGCCGUAGUUGACCAACAUAUAUGUAUGUACACGUAUGUAUACAUGUAUGUAUGUACAUGUAUUUAUAUAUACGUAUACACACACAUAUACACACACACACAUAUAUAUAUAUGUGUGUGUAUGUGUACAUAUAUAUAUAUACGUAUAUAUACACGCAUAUGUGUACAUAUAUGUAUAUAGGUACAUAUAUAUAUACGUACACACAUAAAUAUACAUAUAAAUAUAUAUAUACAUACAUACAUAGAAAUAUAUAUAUAUACAUACAUGCAUAUAUACAUACAUACAUACAUACAUACAUACAUACAUACAAAUAUAUAUAUAUAUACAUACAUGCACAUAUACAUACAUACAUACAAAAAAAAAAAAAAAUAUAUAUAUAUAUAUAUAUAUAUAUAUAUAUAUAUAUAUAUAUAUAUAUAUAUAUAUAUAUAUGUAUAUAUAUACAAAAAAGGCCUAAAGUUUGGACACACCUUCUCAUUCACAACACAACUGAUGGUCCCAACCCCAUUAAAAAAGCAAAAAAUUCCACUAAUCAACCCUGACAAGGCACACCUGUGAAGUGAAAAACCAUUUCAGGUAACUACCUCUUGAAGCUCAUCGAGAGAAUGCCAAAAGUGUGCAAAGCAGUAAUCGGAGCAAAGGGUGGCUAUUUUGAAGAAACUAGAAUACAUUUCAACUUUUGUUGUUAAGUACAUAACUCCACAUUUGUUAAAUCAUAGUUUUGAUGCCUUCAGUGACUAUCUACAAUAUAGUCAUGAAAAUAAAGACAACGCAUUUAUUGAGAUGGUGUGUCCAAACUUUAGGAUUUUACUGUUAAAAUAUAUAUAUAUAUAUAUAUAUACAUAUAUAUACUAUUUUUUUCCCCACUAUGGGCUGCAUACUGAAAUAUUUAAGGAUUCUGGGACCUUUUUUAAAAAAAUUAUUUUAAAACAGGCCCUAUUUAGACCUCUUUUGUGUAAACUAAAAUAAUCAUGUUUUGUUUUUGUUGAUGUUGUUUUUAAACAGUGAUGGCAAAAUCAGGUCCCCUAUGUAUUGACAUGUAUAAAUAAUCAAACGUGACUCUGCAAAUGACGCUGUAUCAUUAUGAACAGUGUAUUACUUUUCACUCGCUCACCUCUCACAACACUGCCAACUUAAGACGCUCACUUCCUUUCUGUUCGGUCUCCAACAGGAGCCGGCCUUUUUAGAACGCUCGGUGGUCGGGCUCCUCGGCCACUAAACUGCAAGUUGCUAAGAUGGGAGGUUGCGUAGGAGGGAUUCACAGAAUAUAAAAUGCGGUGAGAUAUGUUUUUUUUUAUAUAAUAGUUUACAAAAACCUGAUGCAGUGGUUUUCCCAUGUUUUUUUUUAUUGAUGUGAAGGAAAGCUGCAAAAAUAAACAAUAGAGUAUUUCCGUUUUGCAACAGCAAAUCCUGCCCAUUUUUGUCAAUGCAAAGUACUUAUGAGAUCCCAUUAAUUAUAACACAGAAAUAAAAUAGAUAUUUAAAUGAUGACACAUACAAUACAAUAAGCAUUUCUGCAAAAUAAUACUCUGUAGCGUUAACAUUUUACAAGUAUAAGAUGAUUUUUGGUUCAUUUAUUCCACAUAAUGUAAACAAUGGUGGCUUUAAUGUUUGUGUGCAAUGUGACUUCACAAAAUGUGGUGAUAUGUAUUAUUGUAUUUUUUCACAAACACAUGUAUGCCGUGAAUUAACACAAUAUCAUCAGCUACAUAUUCAGUCAUUUUUCUGUUGGAAGUGUUGCUGUUUGUGGCAAAGAUUGACCAGUCUGUUGUCAUGAAAAAAAAAUAAAGAGAGAAAAACGAUGAGGGCAGGCCUGGGCAAUUAUUUUGACUCGGGGGCCACAUUUGGAGAGAAAAAUGUGUCGGGGGGCCGGUAUAUCUAUUUUUAGGAACACUAUUGCAAAAAAAUCACAAUAAUGUCUAAUUGAAUGGUAAAAACUUUAUGACACACCGCCUUAAAAAAACGUAAUGGAAUUUUCCAUUUUUCUAUGAACGAUAUAACACUGAAUAUUGACAAAAUCUGAAUGUUGCACCCUGUUUCGAUCGACAUAUUUAACAAUCUAGUGAAAUGCAACAAACAGUGAAAUAUGAACGCAAAGGGUACAAAACAAACCCACCUACAAUCUGAUAUAUCUGAUCCAUCACUAAGUAUUUAAAAAUUUGUUGUAAAAAUCUCCUUCCGCGUCUGUGGAAACGCUCCCCACCUACACUGCUUGGUGCCUAGUCUGAGCUGCUGUGACGUUGAUGACCAUAGUUACUAAUUAGACUACCAUAGUAACUAAUUAGAUUACCAUAGUAACUGGUAAAUCAUCCAAAAGCGCAGAUUCCAACCAUUGAAAUAUUUUGUAUACUCAAGCCUUACGGUCAUUAGAAAACAUCACUGCACAUUUUAAUGGCAGCUACACUUUCCAUCUUAAAGAUCUAAAAAAAAAAUUUGGGGAAUGUCCGGCGGGCCAGAUUGAAAAGCUUAACGGGCCGCAUGUGGCCCCCUGGCCUUAAUUUGCCCAGGUCUGGGUUAGGGACUCGAACUAUGCUGGAUAUGUUACACAGUCUUGUAUGCAUGUCUUGUCUUGACCACAUAAAAAUAUAAUUACUGCACACUA